AUGCCUCGUAAAAAUAAUGUAACUGGUCUCAAAGCCAAAAUAGCGCAAUUAGAGUCGGAGCUCGGGAAGACCCGUCCAACGCGGCAGAAGAUUGCUCAAAUGUCCAGCGAAGUCGUUAGUUCGAAUCCCUAUAGUCGUCUUAUGGCACUUCAGAAGAUGGGCAUUGUUGAGAAUUACGCGCAGAUUCGCGAAAAGGCCGUUGCAAUUGUCGGUGUUGGUGGCGUCGGCUCGGUGGCCGCGGAAAUGCUUGUCCGUUGCGGUAUCGGUCAUCUCAUUCUCUUUGACUAUGACAAAGUCGAACUCGCCAACAUGAAUCGUCUUUUUUUCCAGCCCCAUCAGGCAGGUCUAAGCAAAGUGCAGGCAGCAGCGGCAACCUUGCAGGCGAUAAAUCCUGACGUCAAUGUGGAGUCGCACAAUUACGAUAUUACCCUAGUGGACAACUUCGACUCCUUCUUAAAUACCUUGCGCGGCGACGCGGGAAAGCCCAUUGAUCUGGUCCUCUCCUGUGUGGAUAACUUUGAGGCUCGCAUGACCAUCAACAGGGCUUGUAACGAACUCAAUCAGGUGUGGUUCGAGUCAGGUGUGAGCGAGGAUGCGCUGAGCUGCCACUUUCAGCUCAUGUAUCCAGGCCGGACAGCGUGCUUUGAGUGCAUGCCACCGCUGGUUGUGGCUGCGGGCCUAAAUGACACCAAGGUGCUCAAACGCGAUGGUGUCUGCGCUGCCUCCCUUCCCACCACCAUGGCCAUCGUCGCCGGUCUCAUGGUACAAAAUGUUCUCAAAUUCCUGCUCAGCUUCGGGGAGGUUUCAAGCUACUUUGGCUACGGCGCAGCUAAGGACACGGUGUACCGAGUGGACCUACGUCCAAAUCCCUUGUGCGCAGACGCAUGGUGCCGUCGGCGACAGAAGGAACGACGGGCGCAGCUGGUCAUACGCGGCCUACCGGAGGACGCGGCGUGGGACGCAGAGGCGAGAAUGGUCGCUGCGGCGGAGCGCGAGCGACUAGACCGCAUGGCUGCUACCGCUCCCCUCCACGAGGACAAUGAGUUUCACAUCGAGUUGGUUGGCUCCUCCGCCGUUAAUGAAGCUUGCACCGGGGAUGCUGCUCCCGUCGCCCCUGUGGAGACGGAAGAGGAUGCUAAUAAGGCCUCUACUGAUGGCCCAAGCCUCGACGACAUGCCACAACAAAGUGACAAUGACGACGAAGAAGAGGAUGAUUCUAUCCGGGAGGGCAUUUACCGUCCAUGGAGCACAUACCUCUGUAGCUGUCAGGAAAAUUGCAUGCGCGAUGAGAUUGUCACUCUGCGAAGAGACCACCGCUGGCGUCUCGCCUAUCCCCCACCCCCAGGACCGCCCAAGCAUUCGCCCUACGUUGCACCUCUCUGCGAGGCCUUUGCCAAUCGACACAAACGCGUUCCUGAAAGUGAUAGUAAUACAAGCAGCAGUAGUAGUGCUAGCGACAGUGACAGCGAGAGCAGCUCUGGAUCCAGCUACGGGGCCUCGUCAGAGAGCGAAUCGGGGGAAAGCAGUAGCUCAGAAUCAGUGAAUGGCAGAAGGAAAAGGCGAAGCUAG